AUGAUAUCAUAUAUUAAAGGUUAUAUAAAACCUUUCUUGUCUAACAAUAAAUUUAUUUUUGGAAGAGCAUCAUAUACCAGUAUGCUGAAAUAUUUAAAUCAAACGGAAAGCAUCAAUGUAGAUAAAGAUUUAUUUGAGAAAUAUAAGUUUAGCGUUGAUCAAUUAAUGGAACUUGCUGGCCAAAGCUGUGCUAUUGCCAUUGCUCGUACUUAUCCAUCGCUUAAAAAUUCUAAACAAAAAAUUUUGAUUUGUUGUGGCCCAGGAAACAAUGGUGGUGAUGGACUUGUUUGCGCUAGACAUUUAAAACAAUUUGGAUAUUUGCCUGAAAUUUAUUAUCCUAAAAGGACAAACAAUACACUGUAUGAAAAUUUACUGCAUCAGUGCAUUGAAAAUGAUAUUCCCUUAUUAAAGGAUGAUGUAGAACACAUUGCUUCAAAGCAACUGCAUCAAUUUGGUCUUAUAGUGGAUGCAAUAUUUGGAUUUAGUUUUAAGCCACCUAUAAGGGAUACAUUUAUUCCUAUUAUUCACCUGUUAGAAAAUACGACUGUUCCAAUUUGUAGUAUUGAUAUACCAUCAGGUUGGAAUGUUGAAGAUGGACCACCUACAGAAGGCGGAAUAAAACCAGAAAUGCUUGUAUCACUAACAGCACCAAAAUUAUGUGCUAAAAAGUUUAAAGGGAAGUAUCAUUAUUUAGGUGGUCGAUUUGUACCUAAAAAGUUGGAUAAAGCAUAUAGCCUUAAUCUACCUGAAUAUCCAGGAACUGAUUUAAUUCUUUUGUUAAAUUAAAUCUUCACACAAACUUUAAUUACUUGCAUUUUUUAUUACAAAUAUGUACAAUAAUCGAAAAUAAAAUAUUUAUAACUGUUGAUAAGCAGCUAUAUUGUUCUAUAUUUA